UCGUUGUUCUCUCUUGCGUGUGGAUAAUUUGUAGUUGAGUGAAUUUUUGUUCAAAUGUUUUUAAAUAUUUGUAAGAUUUGUUUCAAUUGUUUAAAUAUAAUUUCGAAAUAAAAUACUAACAAACUUUUUAAUUGAUUUAUUUCUUUUUCAAAAUAUUGUUAAAAUUAUUUAGAAUAAAAUGAAUGGAAAAAGCGAAAACACACAAACGACAUUUUAUUUUAUAAACCCCACAAUGAUCUGGCCAAUAAUCUACAUCAUAGUCACGGUAACCUUCAUCAAACUACUCAAAUCAUCAUCUUACGACUACAUUAAGCGAGCCAUACUUAACUACAAUAAAUAUAAAUUGAUACCGGGACCCAAAAGAUGGCCCUUCAUUGGGUCGGCCCUAGAGAUGAACAAGCAAAGGCCCUUUGAGACGUUCGUGAAAUGGGCCAAUGAGUAUGGGGAAAUUUGUUUGGUGACACUGUUUGGGAAAAAAAUUCUUUUGCUUAGUAGUACUGAGACAUUCGAAGAGGCGUUGAUAACCCGGGGCAAAGAUUUUUCGGGCCGCCCUGCCCUCUUCUACAGGGCAAAGUUCAUGUCAGACGGGCACGAAGACAUCGUAUCGACGUCACCCUGUCCAGUCUGGAAAGUUCUCCGCAAGGGGCUCCAGCGAGAGAUGAAAGUGUACGAUCCGAGUCAGAGAAGGAUCGAAUCGAUCACGAACCAAAUUCUGGAUGAGUUGAUUCAGGAGUUGGCGGAUACGAACGGCGUCCCGUUUGAUGCCAGAGAGGCAAUUUUCACAUCCCUCAUCAACAUGAAUUGUCUCUUCAUGAUCGGGAAUAAGUUGGAUUACGGAGGUGAGAAACUGGAGAAGGUGAAAUCCUUGGUGCGGAUCAUUUCGACAGUGAUGAACAUAGGAGGGCAGGGAGCGGAACUGGAUUACUUUCCGUGGUUGAGAUUUUUCGGAAAUAAAACUUUUGCGAAGUUGGUCCAGGCGAAGGAGAUGCGGAAUGAUGUCUUCAGUUGGAUGCUCCAAAAGAUGAAACACGAUCUGGAAAGCAAGUUCGGAGUCAUGCAUGGUUUCUACAAACUCAUUUUGGACAAUCAGCCACUAUUGCAAGAGUACCACCUUCAGCUGGUUAUGACAAAUUUGCUGAUAGGUCUCACAUCCUCAUCUAGGAGUUACUUUUACUCCUUCAUCAACAUCCUGGCUCAUUACCCCAACGUCCAGGAGCUAAUGCACAGAGAAAUUGUCAAUGUCAUAGGUCAAGGUCAAAGGCCGAGUUUGGCCGACAGACCGAAAAUGCCAUACACCAGGGCUACGUUAUGUGAACUACUUAGAUUCAGCAGCAUCAGCCCCAUCACAAUUCCACACAGCACCAUAACCGAUACGAAAAUCGGCAAAUACGAUAUACCGGCCGGUACGACGGUAUUUCUCAUGCCGCGCUACAUCCAUCACAACACUGAUCUAUGGAAAGACCCUUACACUUUCGACCCCAUGAGAUUUAUCGACCCCGAAACUAACGACAUCUACGGUCCUAAAUCUGAAGUACAAAGAAAUUUGAUGGCGUUUGGGGCCGGUCCACGGGGCUGUCCUGGCGAGGCGAUUGCCACAUCGAGGUUUUUUCUCAUGGCGACGAAUUUGAUUCAGAGGUUUAUCAUAGAGCCCGCAGAUCAGGAUGCUGGAGACGUGUCGAAAUGUGACCCGAGGAAUUUUGAAUUGGGAUUGGUUACGAAUCCGCCGAGUUUUACUGCAAAGUUUAUCCGGAGGAGAUCCUAACUACUUUACUUGAUCGGAUUGGUGUGUUAUUGAACGUGUUCAUUAGAUGUACCCGCACUCAAACACACAUACACAAGUACACAUACAUACACGUACGCACACACACACACAUUUAUAUAUAUAUAUAUAUAUAUAUAUAUAUGCAUGUAUAUUAAUAAUUAUUAUUGACAUAACAUAUUAUUAUAUCAUGAUUGACAUAUUGUUUUAUAGUUAUGGGCAAGGGGUUUUGUCAGGCGUUAUUUCUUAAUAAUAAUAAUAACACACGUGUGAUUUAUCUUUCAAUUCAAACGAAUUCAAAUAUUUUCAAAUGUUUAAUGCUAUUUUGAUUCUUACACAAAUUUAGCUUAUAACAGUUCAAGGAUGUUUACACGGCGUG